CACGACGACUCAUAAUAAAUUUCUUUGGAGAUGAACAUGAAGUAGAAACAUUUUUCAAAAAUGUUGCUCCUCCCAAAAGUUACUUUUUUAACGACAUUUACCUACAUGCCACCUGCUGUGGCAGGGUCUUUGUUCAUGUCUUCAUUGAUACAGGUGCCUGACGUAGAGACCCAAAUCUCUUCGUUGUUGUUACAUCAAAAACAAGCAAAGCCGCCUCAUGGUGGCGAGAUUUUACCCCGCAUUCCCGAAGAACAGCACCAGGACUUGAAUCAAGAUCGCCACCGAAGGUCGUCUUCCGGCACUAUGUCCCCUGACGUGUUCUUUUGGCGCCCGCUCGGGGAGGACAAGAAGCCGUCUUCUUUUCUUCAGAACCACAUCAACUGGUCCACGACUGAGGAAAAUUUCAAUCCACCUGUCAUGAGCGGACCGUCUUCGAAUUUUCCAGCGACAACAUCUUUGUACUACGAUUCUUCAACCUCGUCCCACGAGCAGCAGACAUUGUAUGACGAUUAUCCUGAGUAAAAACGUACCCACACCAGAGUUGUAAUGCAAAUCUGCAUGCUGAAUAUGUUUCUCAUGCGGAGCCCCAUGAGAAGCAUUUUCUAGUCGUGUUUUGCAAUUUGUCAUGCUCCAAUCAGCAUGGUAUGCUAGAUCUGUGAUGCUGCUGAGCUAGCUCAAACAGCACUACACUACGAAUCCAAAUUUGUCAUGCAAAACAGACAAAACUUGUGGAUUUGUCUAGCCGAUUCCCCAUCUUGACUAUGGUGUGGGUACGUUUUUACUCAGGAUAACGAUUACCACCAGUCCAGCAAUACGAAUACCACCAACAGUGGUGGUUUUUUAUCACCUUUUCUGCAAGAGGAGCGAUCUUUUUUUCCAGGAGCUUCGUCCUCGUCCGGGCUUUUCGAAAGGAAAAACGCAACCUCCUUGUUCCGGCGUUUUGAUACUAACGCAGUUGAACAAAUGGGCAGCGGCUUGUCGCUGUCUUCGCCGAAUUCUACUAGCAGCACUACUCCUGCUUUGUUACACGCCACAGCGCAAUCCUCCGACGCCGAGGCAGCUCGUGAUGAGACGAAUUUGAGUAGAACCAGCCCACCACCUCGUCACCUGAUGCUCCCAGGCAGCACGUCCUCCAAACGCCCCCGCUUGAGUGGAGAAUUCGCUCCUUAUCCGUUUGAUGUUUCGGACGGGAGAAAAAUGUCUGCGCCGUGGCUUGGUUCUGGAGUGCCGUCGAUGAGGAAGCGGUGCAGGAGCCUGUUGGUGGGUAAUAAUUUCGAGGACCCCCAACUGCCAAAGCGGCCCCGUUGGGGAGAUAAUGAGAUGACAGAGGAAGGAAACAAUCCCUGCUUCGGCGUCGAAAGAACGGGCGACCAGAUGUUGUCCUCCGACGAAGUACUAAACCAUGACCAGCCAUCCUCUACUUCCCUCGGCCUCACCGCGGAAGCGCUGCACCGCCACAACGCUGGUCGUCGCGCUGGUACAGCUAGUUCUUAUCUCGGCAUGCGGAUAAACGAACUACAGCCGGAGCACAUCAUGUGUGACAGACACGAUACUAGCUCGUCCUGCUCGAGCGGUCACACACUGCUUGUCGACCCGGAAAACCGAACGCGCUUUCUGCCACUGUUCCGGCCAGCGGGGAAUAGUUCUACUUUAGCAGGUUUUUAUGCAUCACAAACAUGUCGGCAUCCUCGUGUGGAAGAUUCAUUUUUUUGUAGGUAGAUUUGUAAUGCUGAAAACGACCAUCGGUAAUAUUCCUGAGUUCUGUCAUGCAUUUUCUUGUAGACCUGGACGCACCUCAAUUCGUGGGCAUUCAUCAGCGAGCAUGAUAAUUUUCCAGACGCGCCAGACAUUAUAUUUGCAAUGCAUGAGAGAGCGGCACCCGAUGUCACUGUCAACACGAGUUUCGACGACAAGAGUUCGGACGGCACAGCGGAUUUUCAAGAAGAAAUGCUUCGCCGGCUGGAAGUGUCCGGGAACGAACAAGGUAAGUCGGCAAAUAGCAGCAGCAACAUCGUGAAAAGUUGUUGUAACAAAAGCGACAAAUGAAUUGGUAACUAGCGACAAAUGAAUUCGGAGAGGUCUUCAACAGUAAAGUACGUAUGACAAAACAGUUAGUAGCGUGUAUUGGCCUACCACUGGCAUUUAUUGCUGUGCGGUCGAAUGGCGCCAUGGCUAUAUGUGUGUGAUUUGGUGUCCGAUCUAUUGUCGUAUGGAAGUACAAUUUAGGAUUCGAAAACUUAUAGCGUGUAAUAUGUGGUCUGCAUCCAGUCCAGAACCGUCACAGAAAAGAUGGCUUCGCGGCUGGGAUACUUAAAGGGUUUCGUUCAGCAGGACUGCCCUUACCUUGAUUUAUGAUAUACUGAUUAUGCACAACUUUGAGAUUAUCAUUAUUUCUUCGUUGUCACGGAAAUAAAGGUUCCUAGAAGAUAGACGAAGGAGUUGCAGGUUAUCUUGAACAAAGCAAAUCGGUUCAGGAUGAUCUGCUGUUCAACCUAAAAGUGCCGUAAACGGAAUAUACACACGACAAUUUCUCUCUUAAAACUAAUCAAAUGAAAUAUUUUUUCACAAGCGACAAAGAAGUACUAUUAGAAGUAUUUUUUAAGCCCGACCUAUUCUUUUUCUCCACCAGUAAAUAAAGCGCAGGAAGGACUAGAAGAAGAGAAAGAACGUGGUUGCGCAUGAAGAUGACAACAGGAAGCUGUAAUGUAACUAUAGUGGGGCUUCCCCGUGAGUACUUCGUUCGCUGUCGGCGACAGAAGUAAAGCACCGCAGCGGGGUGAUAGAGAUUUAAUGGAGUGAAUUCGAGGAUCUUGCAGCCCUAACUUUUUCCAGAAACUCCAUUCAUCCUCCAAAGCAACCCAUCGUGCGUAGCAAAGAAAAUACUUAUUUGAAAAACUAUACAAGGCGCUGCCGUGACACCGGAUGUUGUAGCUGCGCCAAGGGGGCUGCAGCUCGGGCCCCGCGUCGUCACAGCACGCGAAGGCAGUACUUUGUUGUCUGUAGAAGUAGACGCCAAGUGGAAUUUUUAUGUGGGAGAAAAUAUAACGAUAUAUCUUUCUAUACGAAAAUCCAUCGAAAAAAUAUAACGAAUAUCAAAACAAAAGCCUCCAUUGAGGUGGACAGGCACGAGGGACCAGAAACCGACCCGCAAGGAAAUCUCAUGAUCGUGUCUUCCCACUUCCUUCAAAUAUUCAGCAUUCUUUCAAAU